AUGCUUAUCUGGGAGAACGGGUACUAUACGUCAAUGGAUCCACGGCGUCCACCGGUCAUUCUGGUACCGAGAGACAACAUUCCUGAACAAUCGGUGGCUGAGACUUCCCAUCAGCCCUUCUUCUAUGUUGCUGGCGUUACAGCGAAUUUCCUUCACAUUGGAAGGCUUCAGAUGCCUGACUGGGCUUCUGGUAGCAUCAACUGGGACGGUGCGCUGUUCAGUCCCAAACGCAGCAUCUUCAUCAAUGAACCCGCUACGAUUGUUAUGAGCUUUGAGACAGAAACUGCGGCGUACUUCUUGUUGCGAGAGAAAGCAUUCAGUUCAUCAAGAGAGCAUCCACCUCAAGAGACGAUUUCACGACUACUUCGCGUAUGUCGAGGUGAUAAGGGAGGUCUGCGCGGCAUCGCAGAGCACUACUUUGGCACCAUGGCGAAAGCAGAUCUACUCUGUCAAUCGGAACUCGCUAUCUUCUCUAGGAGUGAGGAGAAAAGUCAUUUCACUUUCGACUUUGCUCAAUCAGCUCAUUGGGAUGCUGAGACAAAACGACUCUACGCUGUGUUCUCGGCUGGGGAGGCUGGCCCUCGUGGAAGUGCAGUCUGCGUGUACGACCUCCAGAGCAUUGAGAGCGCCUUCAGGGGUCCUAUCUCAAAUUCCAACUACCCUUACAGACAAACAUUCGCCUCACCCGAGGCCAGUGUUCGAAAUAAUCCAUUCCCCACUGUUUGUGAAAGAUUCGCAGCUGGCAACUUGACAGCGGAUGAGUUAUCACUAGGUCAGAUUGGUGCUAACUUCUUGUACCGCUACGAUCCUGUGACUCCCCUCUUCGGCCAUGCAAUUGUAAUGUCUCCUACCACCACUUGGAGUGCCAUUGUUGGUUACCAACUUCCACAAAUAGGCAGCUUGCAUUACACAACCUCGAUUCUCUGGCUUGCCUCGGCCAGUCACCUCACUCAACUGGCUUUUUAUGAGACUUACAGGAAAGAAGACGACCAUUCAGAUCCUGUUCUCUUGAGUAGUUGUGAGUUGAAGCGCCUACGAGUGGGACAGACUAAUGACGUCUUAGAACGGCUUCAAGGGGAACUCGGACCUGACACGGAAUCACAGAGAACUUCUUCAGCCCAAAAGAGAGAAUACUCAAGAUGGGCUCCAAAAUUUAAUGAAGGCUAUUCAUGGCAAAGCAAUCUUGAACAUCCUCCAGAAACAUCCGAAGUGGAACGCAUCAUGAGUAUUAUAAUGGAAGGUGACUUUAUCUUUCUGGGCACGACACGCACAAUCUUCCGUUUCCCCACGGAUACUUGUGUCUCGCAUUCAACAGAGGAAGCAUGUAUGACAUCAGGAGAUCCUCACUGCGGUUGGAGCACUCAGAUCUUCCGUUGUGUUAGUCUUCUAAAUCCAAGAGGGCUCCGAACAUCGGGAUUUAAAUUCAAUGUGGAUGCCAGGACACGUCCCCAAUGUCCAUCACCCCGUCUUGCGCAUACCCAGGGCAGGCACUCAGGUUGGUCGUCCUGGCGACGGUGUUUGAUGACCACUGAUCUUCAUCCAAAGACAAGGAAAAACAUUCCGGAGAUGCAACGCUCCUGUCUUUGUCGAAUUUGUUUAAGUGAAACAGUGUGCAAUUUUGGUGAACAACAAGUCUCUCAAUGCAAAGUUCCUGGUGUGUGGUCACCUUGGUCAAGCUGGUCGCGUUGCCUGGAUAAGCUACGAUUUCGAACGCGCACCUGUUUCAACCCCCUUCUGGGUACUAAUGUGCCCGCCUCCGAUUGCUUGGGAACAGAGAGGGAGGAACAAUUUUGUUUCAUGCAUCCUCUCAUCCCUGAAGAGGUGGCCUUCGAGGGAAUGCACGCCGAACAUGUGGCCCUAAAGGAGUCCGCCAAGCACGGAGUCAUAAUCGACAGGAAUCAUCUCGUAGGAAUGUUAAUCGGUCUCUUUGUGGGAGUUCUCUUCACCCUUCUCGUCAUCUUCCUCAUUGUUCGAUUCCCUCGAUUUCGACGGCUAUUGACAUUUAGGUCAAGCCAUCCACAUCGACUACGACUCCAUGGAGGGCCUCAGAGUAUCACUAACAUUCAAUUAGAGAGCCAUUUAAGAGACUCAUUACUCAACGACCACCUUAUGUAUGCGAACCCCAGUCCUGUUGAGAGAUCCGUUCAUUCCACCUCCUCACCUCGCUACAACUUUAUCCUCAAUCCACCCCCACCUUUAAGGAUUGAGAGAACUUCUGAAUCCACCUUUCCAUCAACUGAAGAGACCUCCACAACUACUGGAUUCUAUGAUCGGCUAUCAGAAAACAACAAAUGA